AUGAAGGGUUCCUGCAUCAUCGUAUUGCGGCUGCUGUUGGCUGGGCCUGUUCUCGUCGGCCCUGGGAAGAACUUUCAGAGCUCUGGGUGGCAGGGAGCCGCUGCUUCCAAAUUCCCCGGAGUCAAGGCCCUGGAGGGGAAGUCCAGGGGGCGCGUCCAGCUCAGCUCGGCGCCAACCUGGAGCUACAACCUGGACAUUCGACAUGUGCAGAACUUCUCCCUCCCGCUUGCCGGGAGGCACUUCGGGUACCGCGUCCUGCAGGUUGAAAACAGGGUUGUUGUGGGAGCUCCAGGUGAGGGCAACAGCACAGGAAACCUCUACCAGUGCCAGCCAGACACUGGACACUGCGUACCCAUCAGCCUGAGUGGUUCCAACUAUACCUCCAAGUUCUUGGGAAUGACCUUGGCAACAGACCCCACAGGUCGAAGCAUUUUGGCCUGUGACCCUGGGCUGUCUCGGACGUGUGACCAGAACAUCUAUCUGAGUGGCCUAUGUUACCUCUUCCAUAAUAAUGUGGAAGGUCGUGUGCUGCAAGGGCACCCUGGCUAUCAGGAAUGUAUAAAGGGCAAGGUAGACCUGGUGUUUCUGUUUGACGGCUCACUGAGCUUGCAGCAAGAUGAAUUUCAGAAAAUUCUGGACUUCAUGAAGGAUGUGAUGAAGAAACUCAGCAACACUUCCUACCAGUUUGCUGCUGUUCAGUUUUCCACCACCUACAAAACGGAAUUUAAUUUUUUAGAUUAUGUUAAACGGAAGGACCCUGAUACUCUGCUAGACAAUGUAAAACACAUGCUCCUGUUGACCAACACCUUUGGUGCCAUCAACUAUGUUGCGACUAAGGUGUUCCGGCAAGAACUGGGGGCCCGGCCAGACGCCACCAAAGUGCUUAUCAUCAUCACCGAUGGGGAGGCCACUGACAGUGGCAACAUUGACGCGGCCAAAGACAUCAUCCGCUACAUCAUUGGGAUUGGAAAGCAUUUUGAAACCAAGGAAAGUCAGGAGACACUCCACAAAUUUGCCUCAAAACCCGCAGAGGAGUUUGUAAAGAUUCUGGACACAUUUGAGAAGCUUAAAGAUCUAUUCACCGAGCUGCAGAAGAAAAUCUAUGUCAUUGAGGGCACAAGCAAACAGGACCUGACCUCCUUCGACAUGGAGCUGUCCUCCAGUGGCAUCAGCGCUGACCUCAGCAGGGACCAUGCCAUCGUGGGGGCAGUUGGCGCCAAGGACUGGUCUGGGGGCUUUCUAGACCUGAAGGCAGACCUACAGGAUGCUACAUUUGUUGGGAACGAACCCCUGACACCAGAAGUGAAAGCGGGAUAUUUGGGGUACACAGUGACCUGGCUGCCCUCCCCAGGACACACAUCGCUACUGGCGGCAGGAGCCCCUCGAUACCAGCACGUGGGUCGGGUGCUGCUGUUCCAAGAACCACAGCAAGGAGGACGCUGGAGCCAGGUCCAGGAAAUAGACGGGACCCAGAUUGGCUCUUAUUUUGGUGGGGAGCUGUGUGGUGUUGACGUGGACCAAGAUGGAGAGACAGAGCUGCUGCUGAUUGGAGCCCCACUGUUCUAUGGGGAGCAGAGAGGAGGCCGGGUGUUUGUCUACCAGAGAAAGCAGCAGGGGUUUGAAGAAGUCUCAGAACUUCAGGGGGACCCUGGGUAUCCCCUUGGGAGGUUUGGAGAAGCCAUCACUGCCCUGACAGACAUCAACGGGGACGGGCUGAUGGAUGUGGCUGUGGGAGCCCCUCUGGAGGACCAAGGGGCAGUGUACAUCUUCAAUGGGCGAAAUGGUGGUCUCAGCCCCUGGCCAAGUCAGCGGAUAGAAGGGACCCAGGUGUUCUCAGGAAUUCGGUGGUUCGGACGCUCCAUCCAUGGGGUGAAGGACCUCCAAGGGGACGGCCUGGCAGAUGUGGCUGUGGGGGCUGAGGGUCAGGUGAUCAUGCUGAGCUCCCGGCCCGUGGUAGAUGUGGUCACUCAGAUGUCCUUCUCCCCUGCCGAGAUCCCAGUGCAUGAAGUGGAGUGCUCCUAUUCAACCAGUAACAAGAAAAAGGAAGGCGUCAAUAUCACAGUCUGUUUUCAGAUCAAGUCCCUCAUCCCUGGGUUCCAAGGCCACCUGGUUGCCAAUCUCACGUACACUCUGCAGCUGGACGGCCAUCGUACCAGAAGCCGGGGGUUGUUUCUGAAAGAGGGGCACGAACUCAGCAGGAACACAGCUGUCGACUCCAAGAAGUCCUGCACUGAGUUCCAGUUUCACUUCCCGGUAUGCGUUCAAGACCUCAUCUCCCCCAUCAAUGUCUCCCUGAAUUUCUCCCUUUCGGAAGAAGAAGAGACACCAGAGGACCAAAGGGUGCAGGGUAAGAACAUACAGCCCAUCCUGAGACCCUCACCACACUCGGAGACCCUGGAGAUCCCUUUUGAGAAGAACUGUGGGGAGGACAAGAAGUGUGAGGCGGACCUGAGGCUGUCCUUCUCUCCUGCAAGAUCAACAGUCCUGCGUCUGACCUCCUCUGCCAGCCUCUCUGUGGAAUUGACACUGAGAAACUCAGGAGAAGAUGCUUACUGGGUUCAGUUAAGCCUGAGCUUCCCCAGGGGACUCUCAUUCCGCAAAGUGGAGAUGCUCAAGCCCCACAGCCAGAUACCUGUGAGCUGCGAGGAGCUUCCUGAUGAGUCUGAGCUUCUGCCCAGGAAUCUCUCUUGCAAUGUGAGCUCUCCCAUCUUUAAGGCAGGCAGCUCGGUUGCUAUCCAGGUGAUGUUUAAUACCUUGCUGAACAGCUCCUGGGAGGACUUUGUCAAGCUGCGUGCCAAUGUGAACUGUGACAAUGAGGACUCAGGCCUCCUGGAGGACAACUCAGCCACCACCAGCAUCCCAGUCCUGUACCCCAUCAACCUGCUCAUCGAGGACCAGGAAAACUCCACACUCUAUGUCAGUUUCACCCCCAAAGGUCCCAAGAUCCAGCAAGUCAAGCACAUCUACCAGGUGAGGUUUCAGCCUUCCAUCCAUGACCACAACAUGCCCGCCCUGGAGGCCUUGGUUGGGGUGCCACAGACUCCCAGCGAGGGGCCCAUCACACAUCAGUGGAGUGUGCAGAUGGAUCCUCAUGUUCCCUGCCAUCAUGAGAAGAAACUGCCUGGUGCGGCUGAGCCCUGUCUCCCCAGAGCUGAGUUCCGCUGCCCAAUUGUCUUCAAGAAAGAGAUCCUCGUCCAAGUGAUCGGGACUGUGAAGCUGGUGGGAGAGAUCGAGGCCUCUUCCAUGUUCAGCCUCUGCAGCUCCCUCUCCAUCUCCUUCAACAGCAGCAAGCACUUUCACCUCUACGGCCCCAAUGCCUCCCAGGCCCAGGUCGUCAUGAAGGUUGACGUCGUGUAUGAAAAGGAUAUGCUGUAUCUCUACGUGCUGAGUGGUAUUGGGGGCCUAUUGCUGCUGCUGCUGAUUUUCCUAGUGCUGUACAAGAUUGGCUUCUUCAAGAGGAACCUGAAGGAGAAAAUGGAGGCUGACGCAGGUGUCCCAAAUGGAAUCUCUGGAGCUGACUCUGGGCAGCUGGUGUCUGGAGAAGAGGACACGGAUCCAGACUGCCUGAAGCCCCUCCAUGGGGAGAAGACUGAGGAUGGAGGUGGCAAGGACUGA